CCUCGCCGAUGACGCCUCUUCUUCUCUUUUCCAGGCCACAAUAAAUACCACCACCCCUUCCCUUCUCUUCCCAAAAACACCAGAGUCUCCUCUACUCUAGGGUUUUCGAUUUUCCGAUGGGAGGCGGCGUGAUGAGGACGGCGGCGAAGGUGGCCGGGAUCGGCAGCGUCAUGCACGGCGGGCUGCGCGGCUCGCCGGCGGCUCCGUCGUCCGGCAAGUCGGUGCGGACGGCCUCGGUCCCCGUCGCGGCGGGGAUAUCGGCGCAGAGCGGUAAGGGGGGUGAUAGGUCGGCGAUCGAGAAGCCGUUGCUGGAGGCGACGACGGCGGAGGACUGGCAAAUGGUCGGCGAGGGGGAGUUGGUGAUGUCGGCCGGCGAGCCGAUGCCGAGGGUUGUGUUCGGCGCCGCUCCGAGCUUCCAGGAGGCCAAAGAGGCCACCGACGAGUUGAAAGAUGCUCUGGAUAAGGCAUACCUAUCUUCACCCAAAAUUACUGAGCUUGGGGAACUGACUGCUGCUGAUAAGGUGUCGGGGCUGUCUCAGCUUUCAAACCCUGAGGCAGAGUCCCUUCUUAUUACUAGGACUUCAGUGCCACAACAUGCUUACCAGGCAUUUGAACUGCUGAGUCGAAGUACUGAGGCUCAGAAUGUUGUUGCUUCGAUUGCAAGUGACCCAAAUAUCUGGAAUGCUAUGAUGGAAAAUUCUGCGGUCAAACAAUUCAUGGAGUCUCAACAAAACAUAAAUUAUGCUCGGUAUGAAUCUGAAGCUUCAGAUUCGGAGGUUUUCAAUCCGGUAUCAUCUAAGGAGAUCGUAGAGGAACAUGAUUCAAGCCAAUCUUUUGACCUGGAACGUCUGUUCAAUGGUUUUGUGGAUAAAGUCAAGCUUACUGUCAAUACCAUUGUUAGCAAUUUGUCGACAUACAUUCAAAGCAUUUUUGGACCCCCUGCAGAUGACAAUGGGCCUACCAGAACUGCAAUAACAUCUGGGUUCAUGGGACUGGCAGUUAUGGUUGUAAUGGUGGUUUUGCUGAAGCGUGCCUAGAGCAUUAUCGGUCUGCCUAAAUUAUCAGAAACUGCAAAUCCAAAAUGGGUUCUCGCUGCAUGAAUGUUUAAUAAAUAGAUUAAAUUUUCCUUCUUGUUAUCCUUUAGCAAUACUUCUAGAGAUGAUUUUGCUAAUGGUUGUGUAUGACAUGUCUGUACAGUUUAUUGCUCAGACAUAAUUUGGGCAAUCAUAAUUCGAUAAUUACAUAGAUGCUGCUUUGCUUUC